GGCAAAUGAGACAGAACAGAUGUCGAUGUGCUUGAGAAGGAAAGCGGGCUGUGCACAGGCAUCGCUGCUCGCAGCUUUGUUAUUCCGCCUGCCAUUCCAGCCCAGAGUCCAGUCCCAAAGGGAGCAGUCCUUUUUCUAUCCCUUGGCUCAGAACAGGAUGUGAGAGCUUGGAAAUUGGAGACAGCACUUUCCCAAUGGAGAGCAGAAAGGAAUGAGCAGCUAUUCCAGUUCUCUUGCAUCUGAAAGGGGCCCCAUUUCCCACAUCCUUCACCAUCCAGUUUCACUGAGCAUCUGCAAAAGCACUUAUGGAUUUCAUAUGCUUUUUAAUUCCAUGGCUGUAUGUCUGAAAACUACCAGCAGGCGCCCUUCUCUGCAGGUCUCAGCUUCUCUCCAUGUGGCCAUGGUUUGAAUGGAUGCUAAUAUAUCAUCUCAUCCCAAUGUACCAGCUGGCUGAAAACAACAGCAUUUUUGAUGGAAGUGAGUAAAAAGUGAGGGAUAAAAGGCAAACUUAUCACUGCUGGGGCAGUGCAGAAGGCAGCAGCAAGUCCAAUCGAAAAGGUUGCUCCGGGGCGCCUGGAGACUCCCAACUCAAGUUUUUGAUGGGAUUUUUCCCCAGUUGCCCUCACCUAUGAGAAAUGGAGCGGCUUCUAAGGAGGCAGUUUAUGUAAAAGCAAGUGGCAAACGACCAAGGGCAGGUGGGAUCAUAACAAGCAUUUUCGGUUUGUUUAAUGGCUGCAUCUGGAACACAGUCCAACAUGAAAGCCUUCACUGCUUCAGGGAAACAGUCCCUCCACAAAUUGAAAACUGCAGUUCUGCCUUACUCCUUUCAGUGCUUUUUAAACUCACAUCAUAAAUCUAAGAUGAAGAAGAAUCUUUUAGGAACUACAGAUUUUUAAACAUUAAAUGCAGUCAUGCUACAUCGCCAUCAUAUAUCAGUCCCUUAAAAAGCCAUUUACAGGAUUGCAUUUGUAAAUCUACGAUCUUGCUUGUCCUCUAAACCAGGGUUCCUCAGACUUUGUCAGCAGGGGGCCAGUUGGAAGGUGCUGACGGUGGGCGUGGGCCAGCAAGGCGGUGCCGGUACCAGGCGCCGGCCGGUGAGGGGCGGGUGUGGGAGCGGGUGUGGUGUGGGCGGGUGCGUGCGCAGCACGGCGGCAGCGAGGCGAGGCGGUGGCGGGCACACACCUGGCGGCACCUUGCUCGCUCGGGGAUCAUUUUCUCUGAGCGAGUCCAAAACCAUUGAGGUGGGCCGGAUAAAUGGGCAUGGCGGGCCGCACCUGGCCCACAGGCCGUAGUUUGAGGACCCAUGAUUGAAGCAAUUGCAUUUUGCGCAUCAUCUGGAAUUAUUAGAGUUUAGGGCAGUCCCGCGGCUAGAGGUUGCCAGUGGGCCAUCGGAAGAGGCAAAGUCACUGCUAAACAGCCGGGACAGUUCCUGCCAUGCCAGCCGAGGCCUCGAAGGGGAAGGGCGUCGUUGGGGUUCUGCUGCUCCUGCACUCAAGUUCCAGGUUCUGAAAGUUGCAGGCGGCCAGACAGGAACACCUGGAAGGUCAUCAAAAUCUUGGCAGGGGUAGGAUGUCUUCCUCAGUGUAUGAGUCUGCCUGGGGUAGGAGCACACAUUUACUGUGAAAACUGCACUCCAGGGUCCCUUCUGCCACGAGUGAACAGCGUAGUUUGGACACUGGAGUCUCAACGCCCAAGAAGGGGAAACAUCAGCUGGGCUCAGGCAAAGGGUGCUCAGUUUUCAUGGCUAACACAAAAUCCCACAAAUCAAUAACUACCCACACUCGACCCAUAGACGAACCUUGAGUGUGUGCUGUUGUGCUGCCCGAACUCAGUCUUUGUGUGAAUAUUGGUCAGGGGGACGAGUGUGGCUUCUCCAACCAACGUGUUUCUGGAAUGUGACAACAGCCACUGCCGUGCUGCCAUCAGAAAGCUUCCCGCUUCUUGCCAGGGGAAGUGCCAGACGACCGGAGCAGGGCUAAUGUCGUCCCCACCUUCAAGAAAGGAAAAAGAACUUGAGAACUACAGACCAGUUAGCCUGACAUCGUAAAGAAGUCAUGCUACAACAAUGUAGUUGAUCACUAGAAGCCAACAUGGGAUUCUCAAGAACAAGGCUUGCCAAACUAAUCUGAUCUCAUCUUUUAAUUGGGUAGCCUCCCUGGUGGACUGCAGGAAUGCUGUGGACGUAAUACAAAUUGACUUCAGCAAAGCUUUUGGCAAAGGGCCCCAUGAUCUCCUGAUUAGCAAACUAGCUCAGAGUGGGCUAGACGGGGCAGCCAUCGGGUGGACCCACGGUUGCCUACGGAACUGGACUCCAAGAGUGCCCAUCAAGGCACCUUCUCAAACUGGGGAGAGGUGACAAGGGGGGGCGCCGCAAGUUUCAGUCCUGGGCCCGGUGCCCUUCGACGUUUUUAUUAAGGAAUUGGAUGAGGAAAUGCAGAGAAUUACUAUCAAAUUUUCAGGGGACAAAAAACUGGGUGGGAUAGCUAAUACCCCAAAACAUAGCUAAUAUCCUGAUGAUACCCUAAUACAGAAACAAGGUUCAAGGAGAUCUUGAUAGGUUGGAGCACUGGGAUGAAAGCAACAAAAUGAAAUUCAAUAAGGACAAAUGCCAAGUUCUGUAUCUCAGAAAAAGAAACCAAAUGCGUUGUUACAAGAUGGGGAAAACUUGGCUCAACAAAACUGCAAGUGAAAAGGAUCCUGGAAUUGUUGUAGAUCACGAGCUGAAUAGGAUUCAGCAAUGAGUUAUGACUGCAGAAAGGGCAAGCACUCUUUCCAACUGCGUUAACAGAAGUCUCACUUCCAAAUCACGUGAAGUACUAGUUCCCCUGUACUUGGUGCUGGUCAGACCUCACCUGGAGGACCGUGUCCAGUUCUGGCCACCACAGUUGAAGAAAGAUGCAGACAAGCUGGGAAGGGAUCAGAGGGUGAUCUGGAGACUGAAAACAGAGCCCUGUGAGGAGAAAUGGAAAGAAGUGGGCAUGUUCAGCCUGGAGGAGAGGAGACUGAGCGGAGGCAGGAGAGCACUUUACAAGGACUUGAAAUGCCGUCAUGGAGAAGGUGGCCAGGAUCUCUUCUCAACCGUCUCAGAGGGCAGGACAUAGAAUAAUGGGCUCAAGCUCCAGGAAGCCAGGUUCCAGCUGAAUGUCAGUGAGAACUUCCUGCGGGCUAGAGAAAUACGACAAUGGAACGCGUGGCCUGGGGAGGCGGUGGGCUCUCCCACACUGGGGGCAUUCAAGAUGCAGCUGGACAGCCGUCUGAGAGGGACGGUUUGACUUGGUGCCCUGCACUGAACAGGGGCUUGCGUCCGAUGGCCCUCUGGCCCCUUCCAACUUUACGAUUCUAUGAUCUGUACAUACCGUACCCCAACCCCCAACCACUUUUCUAAAUAUUUUCUUUGGAAAGUCACAGGUUUUCAGACUGCCCAUUUUUUUUGAGUUUUCAGCAAUCAGAAAACUGAAAGGCCUUUGAAUCCUCUUUGGAGUAGGUUGAGAGGGUGCCUGCAGCAAGACUAACAGGGGACUAUUUUAAAUAACUUGUGUAGCACAGUCCUGUUCCCAGUGGCUGACAGCAAGUUCCACUGCGUUUCAUGGGGCUUCCUUCCAGAUGUCGGGGGGCGUCUUCUCCCCCUUGGAGAGCCUGUGCGACUUGGACAAUGCCAGCUGCCACCCGCUGGUGUGUUUCCUGUGCCAUGCGCAGUAUGAGCACCCCUGCCUCCUGGACUGCUACCACAACUUCUGCGCCAGCUGCCUGCGGGGGCGCGCCAUCGAUGGCCGCCUGACAUGUCCUCUUUGUGGCCACCAGUCCAUCGUGAAAGGAAACGGCCUCCCGGCAGAGGACCGGCUCCUGAAGUUCCUGGUGGACAGCUCUGCAGACUGCGAGGAGGAGGCCUCGUGUGCCAACUGUGACUUGCAAAGCACAAAGCAGGACUUGGACGCCAUGUACUUCUGCAACACCUGCAACCAGCCUCUCUGUGCCAAGUGCCGUGAGGAGACCCACAAAGCCAGGAUGUUCUCCCGCCAUGAGAUCGUCUCGCUGGCCAAGCGCAUCAAAGACGUCCACAAGAAAUGCCCCCUUCAUGAAGAGCUGUACAUCAUGUUCUCCACGGAGAAAAAGUCCAUGCUUUGCAUUAACUGCUUCCGGGACAUGCCUGUGGAGAGCCGAGCGCACUGCAUAGACAUUGAGUCGGCGUACAUGCAAGGCUGCGAGAAGCUGGACCAGGCAGUGAUGGCCGUGAAGGAGCUCCAGACAGCCACCAGGGAGGCCAUCGUUCUGCUGAGAGCCUUGAUCGAGGAGGUGCGCAACAGCGCAGAUGAAGAGGAGACGUCCAUCAACUCGCUCUUCAGCAGCAUGCAGGAAAAAUUAGCAGAGAGGAAGAAGAUGCUCUUAAAAGUUGUGCAGAGCCAGUAUGAAGAAAAAGAGAAGGCCUUUAAGGAGCAGCUGGCCCACCUGGCAUCUUUGCUUCCCACCCUGCAGGUCCAUCUGGUGACCUGCUCGGCUUUUCUCAGUUCUGCAAACAAGGCUGAAUUCCUGGACUUGGGCUACCAACUGAUGGAGAGACUGCAGAAAAUCGUCAAGCUGCCCCAUCGGCUGAGACCCUCCCAGACUAGCAAGAUCAACACGGAAUACAGAGCGGAGUUUGCUCACUGCCUGGAGCCGCUGCUGCUGCUGACCCCACGCCGCUCCGUGGUGAACGCAGGGAGCAUUGGGCCCGGGAUGAGCAACAGCAACCUGAUGUCCGGAGGGCCGUGCUCCAAGACGCUGCUGGUGCCUGGCUGCCCCUCCGCUUGUGAGAAGAUGUCCGUGACAGGCUCCCCAGUCCGCAAGCCCACCAUGCACCGGUACAUCAGCACCAAGGUCCUCUUGGCCGAAGGCAGAGAGACGCCUUUUGCUGAGCAUUGCCGUAACUAUGAAAACAUGUACCGGACCCUUCAAACGGAGGUUCAGAAUCUGAAAGAUCAAGUGCAGGAGCUGCACCGGGACCUCACCAAGCAUCACUCCCUCAUAAAGACAGAGAUCAUGAGCGAAAUCCUACAGAAGUCUCUCCAGAUGGAUGUGCAAAUCGCAUCGGAAUAUUCGUCUGUGGAGAUGAUGAGGAGUGUGUUUGAAGAGACCUGGGAGGAGACCUAUCAGCGAGUGGCGAACGAGCAAGAGAUUUACGAAGCACAGCUGCAUGACCUGCUGCAGCUCAAGCAGGAGAACAGCUACCUGACGACCAUCACCAAGCAAAUCGCUCCCUACGUCCGCUCCAUCGCCAGAGUGAAGGAGCGUCUGGAGCCCAGGUUACAGGAAGCAAAAGACAAGGAUGAACACCCUCCAGAGAACCUGUUCAAAAUAUAUGACGACAGCACAACAACCGCUGACAUUCAGAACAGGACUGAUUUGUGUGAUAGUGGCAACAGCGGCGGCGGCGGCAAAGAGGAAAAGCAGUCUUUGGAACCCAAAGAGGAAAAUCAAAUCCUCAGUCCAGCAACAGAGGAUUCCCAAUUUAAAAGCAAGGACUAUUUCAGGAGCAAGCCGAAAAGCAAGGCCGAGAGCCCCUCACUACUGGCAGGACCUUGCAGCGGGGCCCUGGAAGCAGAUCUGGAAGGAGAGCAGCUCCUGUCCUGAAUGCAGGCAAGACUCCUCCCUCCCUCUGUGCAAAGGCGGGGAUGCAGAGCUGUGUUUGCAGGGUGGGAGCAUGCUCACGGGCCUUCAGCAGCGCUGCUCUUGCGACAGAGUGCAAAUCUGCAGGCUUUAUUCUGCCUUGUUCUAUUGGAUGUUCUCCUUUACCCAAUUUAUUCUACUAGUCUGGUGGAAAGGGUGCAUUAAGGAAUCAUACGCAGCGUUCAAGUCAUGGUCAUCUUCAACUAGGAAUCUUAUGCAGCAAUUCCUCCACUUUUCAGGUUUUCCCAACUAUUGCCCAGAUUUGAUUUCAAUCCUAUCUCAUGCCCAAAAUGAGGACUAUAAAUUUGCCCAGGCUUGGCUGCCCGGACAUCUGGUCUUUUUGAAUCCAUGGCCACGAAAAUUGCAUUUUCUGCGCAGAUAUUUUCACUGAUUUGGCUUCACAUUUUGGGAUGCAAAAAAGAAUAGGAAGAGGCAGCCGGAUGCAGAUCCAGCCAUGCCUGUGCAGCGUCAGCAGCCAGCCUUACUCUCCAGGACUGUAUACCUGCAAGCUGUCGGCCGGGCACACUCACACAAGAAACCCGCUCAAACAAAUCUUCCACAACACAUUUGCAGCAGAAAGGGGCUGCCCACAGUUAACAGAACACAAGAAGAGCCUAGAUCAGUGAUGGCGAACAUUUUAGAGACUGAGUGCCCAAACUGCAACCCAAACCCGCUUUUAUUGCAAAGUGCCAACACUGCAAUAAAACCUGAAUACUGAGGA